CUUAAUUAUACUAAAUAAAAAACAACCCACGCGACAUAAUUGAGUGACGAGUGGUGGGUGGGAGCCGAAGCCAGAUUAGAGGCAACGUGGCUGAUUCUAAAGCGAUGCUUUCUCCAGCUUUGUGGGCGUUGGCUCUUGAAUAAUUUUACUCUCUCAAAUCGAAAUUCCACGCCAUGGAAGCCACCAUCUCUUCCUCCAUGCUCCCACCAAGUUCAACAGCUACUCCCUUUAAGGACUGUUCAUUAUCAUCAUCACAUCUUAUUAAUCUUAUUACUCCAAGAGUUAAUCAUCCUCACAACCGUUUGAUAAUAAAAAACAAGACCUCAAAACUGAAGAAGGUUGCAGUCAUUACUGAGUUCUCGGCCGCAGCUGAUCCUGCCCCUGAUGGCUUCACCUGGCAGAUUGUUGUUGGAGCUUUAGCUGGAGUGACUCCUUUUGUGGUGGCUGGGAUUGAAUUCAGCAAAAGAAUCAUUGCUCAAAGAAGUUGUGAGGUGUGUGGAGGGUCAGGGUUGGUUUUGAAAAAAGAAAACUAUGUACGCUGCCCUGGAUGUGGUGGAUUUCUACCUUGGCAGUCAUGGAAGAGAUUUUUCUCAGGAUAAAUUAGUCCUGUUUGAAGUAUUAUCACAUUUCUCCAAUGAUUUAAACUAAAAUGAAUUGGGUUGUACUGUCAAUACUCACUAUUUGGUUGAAUCUUUCCAUAUCUUUUGGUAAUAGUGUAUACUCAUUAAGUGUAGAUAUGUAUGUAUUUUUUAUAAGUUUGUGAGUACAGGGUACUCUUUUUGUUUGGUAGAAUGAGAUGUUUUGAGUCUUAAUUAUAUUGUAAUUAAGUCCUUUUCUUUUGUAUAUAACUAAAAUGUUUACUCCCUUUUCGCUAUAAAGACAUCUUUUUGGGCUA